AUGGAGUGGACUUUUAUAGCAACUUCCUACUUUUUGGUUUGUCUUGACUUUGUGGGCUCAAGGGAUCCUUCUGAGUGGCUAGGACUCCAGGUGCAUGUCAUUGUGCUUUUCCCUUUUGAAAUAUGUUCUCAAUAUGGAAUCCCGGCUGGCUUGGAACCUGUGAUCGGCCUGUGUCCUGUGACUGGGAUGAAAAUUGACUAUAUUGUGGAGUAUGACUAUGAUGCUAUACAUGAUGAUGAAUUAACUAUUCGGGUUGGGGAGAUCAUCAGGAAUGUGAAAAAGCUCCAGGAGGAAGGAUGGCUGGAAGGAGAACUAAAUGGGAGAAGAGGAAUGUUCCCUGAUAAUUUUGUGAAGGAAAUUAAACGAGAAACUGAACCCAAGGAUGACAAUUUGCCCAUCAAACGGGAAAGGCAUGGAAAUGUAGCAAGUCUUGUACAGCGGAUGAGCACUUACGGACUUCCAGCAGGGGGAAUUCAGCCACAUCCACAAACCAAAAGCAUUAAGAAGAAAUUGAAGAAACGUCAGUGUAAAGUUCUUUUUGACUACAUUCCACAGAAUGAGGAUGAACUGGAGCUGAAAGUAGGGGAUAUUAUUGAUAUUAAUGAUGAGGUAGAAGAAGGCUGGUGGAGUGGAGCCCUGAACAACAAGUUGGGUCUGUUUCCCUCUAACUUUGUGAGAGAGUUGGAAGUCACAGACGAGGGGGAAGCUCAGGAAGUCCAGGAGGAUCCAGACUUGGCUUUGCCUGGGUCUGCCUCCCCGUCAGCGGCUUCGGGAAGUGGGAGCGACACUGCGUCGGCACCGGUUACACAGCCCAAAAAAAUUCGAGGUAUUGGAUUUGGUGAUAUUUUUAAAGAAGGCUCAGUGAAACUUAGAACAAGAACAUCCACUGGUGAACCUGAAGAGAAAAAAACAGAAAAGAUGCCUUUAAUCAUACAGCCACAAGGACCCAAAACUCAAAGUGUGGAAAUAACAAAAACAGACACCGAAGGUAAAAUUAAAGCUAAAGAAUAUUGUAGAACAUUAUUUGCCUAUGAAGGUACUAAUGAAGAUGAACUUACUUUUAAAGAGGGUGAAAUAAUCCAUUUGAUCAGUAAGGAGACUGGGGAACCUGGCUGGUGGAAGGGAGAACUCAAUGGUAAAGAAGGAGUAUUCCCAGACAAUUUCGCUGUUCAAAUAACUGAGCUGGAUAAAGACUUUCCAAAACCAAAGAAACCACCACCUCCUACUAAGGGUCCAGCUCCAAAGCCUGACCUGAUGUUUGCUGCAGAGAAGAAAUUUUCUCCCCUAAAGCUUGAAGAAAAAGAUGAAAAAUCACUUCUGGAUCAGAAACCUAUUAAACCAACUGCUCCACAGGUCCCACCCAAAAAGCCAACUCCACCUACCAAAGCCAAUAAUUUAUUGAAAUCUCCUGCAGCAGUGUACCCAAAGCGGCCCGAAAAACCGGUUCCUCCACCACCUCCCACAGCCAAAAUUAAUGGAGAAGUUUCUAUUUCAUCAAAAUUUGAAACUGAGCCAGUAUCAAAACCAAAGCUGGAUUCUGAACAGUUGCCACUUAGACCCAAAUCAGUAGACUUUGAUUCAUUAAUAGCACGGAGCUCUAGAGAAACAGAUGUUGUAAAUUUUGAUGACAUACCUUCCUCAGAAAACUUGCUGCAUCUCACUGCAAAUAGACCGAAGAUGCCAGGGAGAAGGCUGCCUGGCCGCUUCAAUGGUGGACAUUCGCCAACUCAAAGCCCAGAAAAAAUCUUGAAGUUGCCAAAAGAAGAAGAUAGUGCCAAUUUUAAACCAUCUGAGUUUAAAAAGGACACAAGCUAUUCCACAAAGCCAUCUCCAACACUUUCAAGUGCAUCUAAGGCCACUACAACUGCUUUCCUAACUCCAUUAGAAAUCAAAGCAAAACUAGAAGCAGAUGAUGGGAAUCAAAAUUCCUUGGAUGAACUUAGAGCCCAGAUUAUUGAGUUGCUGUGUCUUGUGGAGGCACUGAAAAGGGAUCAUGGGAAAGAACUGGAAAAACUACGAAAAGAGUUAGAAGAAGAGAAGACAAUGAGGAGUAAUCUGGAGGUGGAAAUAGAAAAGCUGAAAAAGGCUGUCCUGUCUUCGUGAGGCAGCAGGGACCCAGUGUUCUUCGUGCUCCAGGAGUCAGAAACAACCCAGAGCAUCUCUCCUGGCUUCUUAGUUGUGGUGAAGAAACACAAGUGUAUGAACUAUAAUAUCUCUUGAAAAAUUAGGGAGACGGUGAAAGGUUUUCUUUUUAUAUAUAUAUAUAUAUAUAUUUUGUUUUGCCAAUAUAUAUAAAAAAAAAGAGGCCUUAUUUCUUACUGCGCUGGGAUUGCAAACAUUUUGUUGUCGUUUGCCUGAAAAUACUACUGAAUCUGUAUAAAAAGGAAAGUUAACAAUAGUUUUUAAAAUUGAAAUUGUAGUAUUAUUUUUAAAGAGAUCUAUACUAUAAAUAUGGUGGUAUCUUUACAAGUAACCUGUAAGAUAAACUAUUUGAGAGGGACAAAUUAGCUUUGUAGUUUCCUCAGUCACUACUUCCCCGAGUGUAAAAGACAAAUAAGCUUUGUGUAUGUACAUAUAUACAUAUAUAUAUAUAAAUAUAUAAAUAUAUUUUUACUUUUAGCUUCUUACCCAGGAUUACACUGUUGUGCCUGUUUGUCUGCAGUGCUGUUUAUAUUUUGGGUGAUGAAAUAAGAGUUUCCUAGAUAGAAACCAGAUUGCUCACCCAUGCAUUCAGUAAUAAAUAAUAAAAAUCAUUCAACUUUUAGAGUGUUUAUAUUGCUUGCACUAUAGGACUCAUAAGAGGAAUUUAAUUAAAAUGGAUUAUUAAGCAUUUGGGGAAAUAGGAGCUUUAUUUUAAACUCGUGAGGUCUAAGGAAACUAAAAUGUCAGUUCUCAAUUUGUGCCUAGAAACUACAGCACAUAGGAAGUACACCAACACCAGCCCUAUUGCUGUACCUUUUGGUUUGUUUCACAGACUGAAAUACUGCUUAUUUUAUUAUAUUGUGAUUUUAUUCUCCAUGCUCCUCCCUCUAAUUUUUAUGAUAAUAAAUAUUAGGAAAAGAAAACCCAAAUCUUGUCACAAAUUCAAAGUGAGGAUUCCUAUUCAGACAAGUUACUAUAGUGUAAAUACUCAGGUUUUCAGUGAAUCAUGCAAUUAACCAGAUGGACUCAUGGAGAUGCUUUGGACUGUUGUUUUGAUAACAGAAUUUAGACAAAGUGUUACUAUCACAUAAAAAUAAAAUAUUGCAGCUUAUUUAAACCAAA